AUGAAAGGUUUGGCACGAUCAUUUGUUUUUUGGCCGGGAAUUGACGCAGAUAUCGAACGUAUGGCAAUGAAUUGUAGCAACUGUACUAAAAAUGCACACUUACCCCCCCAGUUUCGAGAACACCAUUGGGAGUAUCCAAAAGGACCGUGGGAACGAGUCCAUAUAGACUACGCGGGACCCGUCGCUGGAAUGAUGUUACUCAUAGUAUCUGAUGCGUAUAGCAAGUGGCUUGAAGUUAAAACAACUAACUCGAUGACAACUGGUGCUACUAUAUCUAUUCUCGAUGAAUUAUUUGCUGCAUAUGGUGUCCCAGUAAUAGUGGUGUCUGAUAAUGGCACAAAUUUUACGUCAGCUGAAUUUAAAACGUAUCUACAGACAGUUGGCGUAAAAUAUCAUAAGCUGACAGCACCGUACCAUCCAUCAACGAAUGGACAAGCCGAGCGGAGCGUACAAACAGUAAAAAAUGCACUAAGAACCAUGGAAACUACUAAGACCUCACUUCAGCUAAACCUUAACAAAUUCCUUCGGCAAUAUAGAAAAGCACCUCAUACCACCACAGGCCAAUCACCAUCGCAGCUAUUUUUGGGUCGUUCACUCCGGACUAGUCUAGAUCUCCUCAGACCUGAUGAUAUAUUUACAAAAGUAACUGAAAAACAAAACUCGCAAUUCAGCCCAACCUUCCGCAUUCUGCAACCAGGGCAAUCGGUCUUUUUCUUAUCAAACAACCCUCGUAUGGACAAAUGGGUUCCAGGAGUUAUCAGGAACCGUUUGGGAGACCUUCAUUAUGAAAUCACGUACCUUGGCAAACGGUUUAAACGCCAUAUCGACCAGAUCAAAGGUCAUAAAGAUAAUUAUUCAAAUAAUCAAGAUAAAACUUAUGGAUCGCAAUAUGCAGAGCAUAUAGAUGUUCCAGUCAACGAUCGCUCUAGUCAAUACAUAAGACCACCACAAACGCCUACACCACAUCAACAGCCACUGAGUGAAACUAGUACUGCUGUUGUAGUACCUAAGCAGCAGUCCCUUACUCCACAAGAGACGCAUUCACCUGGACAUGGAAUUCAAUUAAUUACACCCCCAGCAGCUCCACGAAGAUCCACCAGACCUCGGGUCUUAUUCUCACCUUAG